AUGCCAAUCUCAGAGGCAGAUGCCCUUGCCGCCCAUGCAGCCAUACACGGCGACAAGACGUCAGUGAUGCUGUCCAGCGGCAAAACAUUGAAGGUGGUGAAGGCCAAGAACGGCUGCAAAUCGAUCAAGUUUCCGGAGUUUCAGGCCAUGGAGCAGAACAAGAGCAAGAGCUCAGACUGGGCAAAAAAAGCCAAAAGCGGAGUGAAGAUAACAUGGUUUCUGUCCGGAACUGUACCUUCAACAUGGGGCCGUGUUGUGGAAGGCAAGGUGGAUGCUCGGGGAAAGGCGAUUGUCGCAACUUCAACGGAAUCCACGGAGGCCAAAGCUGCACCGAAGCGUGGUGUGGAAGCCGAGCCCAAGCGAGGGCCGAAGGCCAAGGCCAGGGCAAAGGCGCGAGGGUCCAGCUCGGCUGCAGAAACGCAGGCCAAGGCCACCCUGGCGCCCACACCAAAGAAGCGUCCUGGCCCAGCUUCCAGCGGUCCCAGCGCUCCAGAAACCAAGAAGCCAAAGCUGGAAGCUGUAGAUGCUGUAGCGCCCCCUGAUGCGGAAGAUCCUUUGCAGCUUGCACCCUUAUUUGCCGGAAUGGGUCAUGGCGCUAGCUGGUUCAAGAUCCUGAAGCCUGUCCUAGAAAGUCUGAGUGAUGCGCCCAAAUUCAUUGGGCCCAGCCGGGACAAGCAAAUCAUCCCAGUGCGAGAGCUGACCUUCCAAGCGCUCAAGCCCAAUGCGCCUUCUGGUUGGCGAGUGGUGUCCUUGGGACAGUCGCCCUAUCCUCGGAUCGAGUCUGCAACAGGCAUUGCGCACUUUGACAAUGCUAUUAAAUCUUGGGAUUCGGGCAAAUUCGGUGCUGUGGUCACCAUGCGCUGCAUAAUCAAAGCAGCGGCAAUGUCGAAGUUCAAGAUUUCAAAAGAGACCAAAGUUCCAGACUUGCGAAAACUUCUGAAGAAAGAGGGAAUAGUUGGUCCGCCUGAGUGGUUCCAGGCGAUGCUGGCGCAGGGUGUUCUGCUGAUGAAUGCUGCUUGCACGAUCAAGCCUGUGGAGGGAACACGUGCUGGUGAAGUGGUCGAGGAGCAUCUGCUGUUCUGGCAGCCAGUUAUGGAAGCGGUGGUCGAUGCCAUCUUAGAAGACUGCAAGAAAAGCAAUCGCCCGAUUAUCUUUGCUUGGUGGGGCUCAGAGAGCUUAAAGACGAAGAAAUUCCUGGACAAGCGCUCCUUUGCAAAGUUCCCAGGCGUCAAGGUGAGGCACAUUGAGCACAAGAAUCCGGCUGCCAUGGGUGACCGCUUCUGUGAUUCGCCAAAUGUGUUCGACAGCAUCAACAAGGCAAUUGCUGAGUUGAAGCUGGGUAAGCCUAUCGAUUGGCUUCCUGAUGCAUCUUGGAAGGCGGCUCUGGGGAUCGACGAGCAGGCUGAAGAGAUGGGCGCCUUUGUCGCCGAAACUCAAGAGCUGCACAGGAUGUACCUGGAACGCCUGAAAGAUGGUCUGGACAGCCGUGCGGAUGACUUGGAAGAUAUUCUUGGUGUCGCCUCCCAGCCCCUCCUCGCCCUGCCGGCCACAUGCAAGCCCUUCAACAAAGUUGUCGCUGGCAAGGCAUCCGUGGGUCAAGCGGACAAGAUGAGCAGAGCUGGGCUGACCGUUGAUGAAGCCGCUGCGUUGCACUUGUACACCACGAAUCACCUCUACAAGGCGUUGAAUGCAGCUUUGCGCGACCCUGAGCGCAAGGAGACCAAGCAAUACUUUCUGUACCUCAGGUUGUUCCUUGAAGCCAUGGAGAAGUUGCCCAGCUCCAAGCGGCAGCUCUACCGCGGAGUGGCGCUGGAUCUCGAGGAACAGUACAAGGUCGGCGCGGUGGUGACGUGGUGGGCUGUGUCGAGCUGCACUCCAGACUUGUCAGUUGCAAGCAGCGGCCCGGAUUCCCUCAGAAUGCGUUUCAAGUUCAAGUCAAGCCUAGGGCUGUCGAUGGGCAUCAUCCGCAAAUACUGCCUGAGUCCCGAAGGCUUCAGCGGCUCCAAGAAGUCGACCCUUUUUCGGAUCACUGCAGUCAGAAGCGUGGGCAUCAGAGACUUUUCGCAGUACAAGAGUGAGGAGGAGCAGCUGGACGACAUUGGUACAUUCUUGCACCAGGAGAGCACGAAGGACAUGAGAGGUAACCAGCCGCAUGGUGCUGCAGCCAAGGUCACCAAGGUGGAACGCAAGGGAGAGUACAGUGAGUGCGUGCAAAACGCGCUGGAGCAUCUGCUCUGCAAUGGAGGGCGCAAUUCCAAGUCUUGUCAAGCUGCAGCGUUGGGGCCGGAUCCAGAUCCCACUGAUUUGAAAAAACUGGGUAGGGAGCUGCCCCAGUACAUGCUGGAGUCUUGCGACGGCGAUGUGCGGAAAGCCAUGAAAAGGUGGACAGAAACUUUGCAGUGGCGCUGUGAAGUAGAUGACGAAGGCAUCUUCAAACGUCCUCAUCCCGAGUUCUUCAAGGUGCAGCAGCACUUCCCAACGUCCAUCCAUCUGCCAGACAAGGCUGGGCGUCUCACAUACUGGAACAAGGUGGGGCAAUGGAAUACAACUGGACUGGACAAAGAUGGCUUAACAAUUGAACGAAUUCGAGAUGACUACAUCUGGCAAACGUUGUUCACUUGGGACGUUUGGCUCAAACGCGACGACAAGCAGCAUUUGACCAUCAUUAUGGACAUGGAAGGGUUUCGUCUAUCCCUGAUAACGCCAAGGCUCUUGCGAAUCUUUUCGGCAUCUUUUAACGCUGUUCAAGCGCACAUGCCUGAUCGAGAGCACUUGGUAAUUGUCAUCAAUGCCCCUGAGUGGUGGCGGACUGUAUGGGCUUUUUUCCGUCCGUUCUUGGCCAAGAAACAACAGGAACGGCUGAAAGUCUGCGUCGGCACAGAAGAGUCCAUAAGUACCCUCCUCAAAUUCAUUGAUGCUAAGAAUUUACCGCCGGCAUAUGGAGGCUCCGGCAUUGAGCUCGGCUCAGUAAAAGAUGUUGUUGUGGGUGGCAAUGAUGAGCCGGAUGCUCGGAUUGUGACCAAAGAUGGCAUUCCCACCGGUGUCCCCAGAACGAAUCACAAGAUUGUGAAGUGGGAACACCAGCCUGGUCACAAGCCGUUUGCAAGUUACAAGCUUCCCAAGUGGGUGAAGCAUCCUGACGCUCAAAAGGCGGCAAUGUUUCUGCAGCCAGAGGACUACAUGGGCUCCAAGAGAAGGCAUAACAUCCACUCCUGGAACGUGGCUCAUAUUGGUGCGCAGUGCGGCAUGUUCGAGGGUCAGGGCUUCAAGAUGCUGGCGAAGGCCACUAGCGAGGAGAUCAAUGCCCCAGACACUUUGGAGGGAUUCACUCCGCUUCAUUGGGCCGUGCUCUCGGACAACCCGAAGGCUGUGAUUUGGUUGCUCAAGAAUGGUGCAGACAAAGACGCCAAAGAUGCGCAGGGAAGGACGGCCGAGGAUCUGGUCGAGGAAUACUGGGGUGAUUUCCAUCAGCGAUAUUGGGGCAAUUUCCCGAAGCAGGAUGGCCUUCCCCAGGUUGAGAAGGUGUUUCCCAAGAGGCUUAAGCAAAUGAAGGAUGCGUUCAAGCUGACAUUCACCGCCACGGACUCUGACCUCGAAGGGUACAAGACAAUUGAGGUAUAA